GGUACGGAAUUGAAGGCAUUUCUUCAAAAUCAAGACAACGCCAUUUCAUAAUGAAAGUAAAGAAAGACAUCAAUCUGGCAGGACCAACAGUUGUUUAUUAAGUAAAUUGGAUAGGCAAUGAUAAACUCCUUGCACAUAUAAUAUAACUGAUCUGAUCUUCUUAGCGUCACAAGGGUGACAGAUUUUCUCUUCCUGGUUUUGAGCCUACCAUUAGGCCAUGGCUUCCGGAGCAAGCAAACCCACUGCCUUCAUGCUCUUAAUCCUUAAUAUGGGGCUGUAUUUUUUCAUGAUAAUAAUCAGUUCAUGGAUUAUAAAUCAUGGAAUUGUAAGAUCUCGUGAAUCAGCGGCUAUUUUGACAAUUCCAGCUCGCAUAUUUCCAAUAUACUUCCCAAUGGGAAAUUUGGCAACAGGUUUCUUCAUCAUUCUCUCCCUUCUUGCUGGCGUUGUGGGCUUCACCUCCUCUAUUACUGGACUCUAUAAUCUUUUUCUCUGGAAUGCUCCAAGCAUACACGCAACAUAUGCGUCUUCUCUUGCAUCAUUGUCACUCACCCUUCUAGCCAUGGGAUUCGCAUGCAAAGAGAUCAACAUAGGCUGGACAGAUUCAGUCUUGCGUACUCUAGAAGUGGUGACAAUAAUUGUGAGUGGAACUCAAUUAUUGUGCACUGUUGCUACCCAUGUUUGAGUUGUAGAUAUGGUCGCACGACAGGAGGAGCCUGGAAGCAAGAGUUUGAUUAAGCCUUCAAUUGGAUGCCUGGCAACUUAGUUCUGUAAACACAUAUAUAUGUUGUAAUAAAAUUAAUUUGUAUU